AUGGCAGACGACGGAAGAGUCCGGACGGUGAGGUCGGAGAUGAAGGAGCUGAUCAAGACGAAGGAGGAGCUGGAUCGAGCCAAGGACGAAGCGACGCAGUCCUGGCUCGAUUCGAAGCCGCUGAUCGACGAGCUGGAGAAGCUGCAGUCCGAAUUGGACGCGGCCAAAAGCAGGGGAUCGGCGGCGAGCGCGGCGGUGUUGGAAUUGCAGUCGGAGGUGGAGGCGAAUCACCGGGAGGUGAGGUCGAAGAUGGAGGACGAGGUGAAGUCGAUGAAGGCGACGAACGAGCUGACCCUGGCGGUGGACCUGACCUGCAAGGACCUGGAGGCGAUCAAGGCGGAAGCCGACGAGCAGCGGAGGGAGCGGCGGAAGCUGAAGCAGGUCCUCCGGAUGCGGCGGCAGAGCCUCCGCGCGCUUCAAUUGAAGCUCCGCGCGGUGAGGAUCGAGGCCGCGGCGGUCGCGGCUUCGGCGGGGGACGCGGCGGCGGUCAUUGCUCUGUCGGCGGAGGCGGUGGAGGAAGAGGACGGCGGUGGGAGGGUGGAAUUGAUGGCGGAGGAAUACGAGGCGCUGACGAGGAGGGCGCAGGAGGAGACGGCGCUGUCCCGGUGGAGAGUCUCGGUUUCGGUGGAGCAGAAGCUCGCGGCGGAGGCCAGCCGGAAUAUUGCUCUGGCGAGAUUGAAGCAGGUGUACAGUAAUUCGAGCAAUUUUAACAAGGUUAACGGAGGGAAGAGCCGGAGGAAGGCGGCGAGGUGGGAGGAGGAGGAGGAGGAUGUGAUCGUGGAGGACGAGGAGGUUAUGGCGGCGCCGGCGGGGAUUAAAGGAGGAGCGAGGAGCGAUGCAGUGGAAGAGGAGGCGGCGGCGACGGGGGAUUCGAGCGGCAGAGCUGGAGGACAGAUUGUGAUUCCGAAAGCUAGGGCCCGGGCGAUGGCGGCGGAAUCGAAUCGCAGGAGGCUGCCGCGACCUCCGGCGAGGAGAUCGGCGAGUCAGGGUAGUAGCGGGAGGAAGAGAGUGGUGAAGAAGAGAAGCAAGCCGUCGUUUUUCGCCAAGCAGUGGUCGUCGUCGUCACUCGUCUGUUCUAAUCUACUAAUAAUCAGUAGCUCCGGCGAAGUUCCAUCAUCGGGCAAAUUCCUCCUCCGGCUUCAAUCGCUCGUCAGCAGAAGAAUGAGCAAGAGACCAUCGCCUGAUCCCGCGGCAGUAUUGAGAGGCCACCGUGCCUCGGUGGCGGACGUCUGCUUCCAUCCCUCCAAACCUAUUCUGUUCAGCGGCUCGUCGGACGGUGAAUUGCGGAUUUGGGACAUAGUCCAGCAUCGAACGCUGUCGUCUUCAUGGGUGCACAGUGCGGCUCACGGCAUCCUAACAGUGGCUAGCAGCUCUGAAAUUGGAGCCAACAAAGUAAUUAGCCAGGGGAGAGAUGGAACUGUCAAGUGCUGGGAUAUUCAAGAUGGUUCCCUCUCCAGGGCGCCUCUUGUUACCAUUAAGACAAGCUCUUACCACUUCUGCAAGCUGUCACUAGUCCAAAUGCCGGCUGCUGGUGCUGGAGCAGCCAACUGGUGUAGAAAUCAACAAGAGAAGGAGAAUGUGGGUGUUGUCUACGAUGGUAGAGGCAAUCUUGGUGAAGAUGAAUCAGAGAGCUCUAAUAGUGCCGAAGAAGAUAGUCAUUGCGGCGGACCAAAUUGUAUUGCUGUAGCAGGGGAGUUGACUUCGGAGGUUGAGUUAUGGGAUCUUAAAAGUGCUGAGAGGAUUGCACGAUUACCUGAAAGCAGCUCAACUGGCUCUCCUAGUAUUUCUGGCAGCCAAAGAGGGAUGUGCAUGUCGGUUCAAGCAUUUUUACCAUCGAGUUCACAGGGAUUCCUAAAUGUCCUGGCUGGUUAUGAGGAUGGUUCCAUGCUUUGGUGGGACAUUCGCAGUGCUGCAGGUCCUCUCACUUCUGUGAAGUAUCACUCGGAGCCUGUUUUAAGCAUAUCCAUUGAUGGGUUCUGCACAGGAGGAAUCUCUGGAUCUGCUGAUGAUAAGAUUAUGUUAUACAGUUUCGAUGCAUCCACGGGCUCUUGUAUCAUAAGGAAAGAGAUAAGCUUGGAGCGGCCAGGCAUAUCAGGCACCUCAAUUAGACCAGAUGGAAAAAUUGUGGCUACUGCUGGUUGGGAUCACAGAAUAAGGGUAUAUAACUACCGCAAAGGAAAUGCAUUGGCAAUUUUGAAGUAUCACCAAGCCACGGUCUCGAGAGCUGCUUCUCCUUGGCUGAACGCAAGCGGCCAGCACGAGCCUCCUGUCUGA